AACAGUUGACCGACCCGUUGCUGGCGCGGGGUUGCCAAUUAUUUCCGUUCGUGGUCGGUACCGAGGCAGGGCUGGCAGCAUUUGUCUUCUGUCUUCCAAGCAGCGGUGGUGAGUCAAACAGGAACCAUAUAAUUUAGUUUUUCUCGUCUUUCUCUUUUCUUCGCGAUGCGUGAACCGUGCGACAACUCGUGAACGGUUGCUGCCAGGAGGAACUGGUUCGCUCAGUUCUCAUAUAUUUUUUUUGGUCAAUCGUGUUUUGAAUUGUGGUCGAGAGCUGAUAGAAAUAGAUAGCAUUCGAUCACAAUCAUAAUAUGUUUUAUUAAUUUUUUUGUAAACUUGACCAUCUUAUAACAUUAUUAGAGAAAAAUAUGUAAGAAACAAUAAUGGCUAGGCUACCCUUCUGGCAUUUGUUAUCAGAUAUAAAUUAUAUCAUAAAAAAAUUUUUCACAAAAAUCCGAUGUUUUUCUUUAAGAUAUGCUCCGCUAUAUGAAUGACCAAAUAAUUUCAAAAUCCUUAUCCUAACUUCCUAAUUAAUAUUAUAAAUGCGAAAGUAAGUUUGUUUAUUACCUGUUGACGCAGUAUCUCCUGGACCGGUGGUUAUGACGUUUGGUACACGGGUAGAAAAUAACCUGGAAUAACAUAUAAAGUACUUUUUAUUCCGAAAUCCCCACGGGAGCGAAGCCCCGGGGCCGUGCUAGUAAAUAAAUAAAAAAUAAAAGUAUGGGUAACACAUCAAAUCCUUUCGAUUGAGUUGAACUCUUAUAAGUAGAAUCAUCAAGUAAUAAGAUAGAUUGCAAUAUAGUCUUUUUCUAUUAUUUGUCUGGUUUGUUAUCACGCCUGACAGCCCUAGGCAGGUAGAGAUUUAAUGCACUCGGCGAACCGGAAGAAACCGAGCUACACUCCUAAUACUGAAUCUCUGAUUAUCCUUCGAUGUUUACUCGUCCUUUGCGACGUCGAAGUCACAGCUUUAAAUCUCAUGCUCUCAUGGUUGUAAAACGUGUUUUGCAGUAAUUUAACUUAAUAUAGCUAAGUCAAUCACAUAACGUACAUAUUACGUAACACAUAACCUAACUCUCGACAUAAAUCCAGAAUCUUAGAGAUCAAUUCUGUAAAAUCUGUAUCAGGUCCUCUAGCGACCUUGAGAAUUGUGUCAGACAUCUAUGUGUACUAAUGCUGCUUGGCGCUUGGUCACGGUCACCCAUUCCAAACCCACUUCGUAGGCCCAUCGGCAACAGAGGCUUAUGCUCUGCAGUAGAUAGUAAGAAUGAGGUAUCGAAAGUAAUAAUAUAAGUAACUUUUUUGUAUAAUUGGAUAUAUGGGUCGUUUAUUAGCGGGCAGUCUAUCAUCAUGAGGUGAACCCGGAGCCGUGUGGUCCCGAGAGUCGGCCGGGCCGAGCUGAUGGCGCGUGCGCGGCGCGGCGGUGGUGGGGGGCGGGAGGGGGGAGGCAGGGUCGCGGCACAGGGCGCGCGCCGCCCGACGCCGCCUGCCGCUCGCGCGACCUCGCGCCGCUCUCAACACUCGCAGUUUCCGCCAGCGAUCCUGAAGCACAGUCCGCGCACCCCACAUCGCUCCGUUUGUUGACAUCCGGACUGCAACCGUGACAGCUACUGUGAACUCAAAAAGAAUGCUUACAGAAACAGCCAAAUUCCCACUAAUACUGGACGCCAAAAGUUAACUACGGAACUCAUUUCAAAUGACAAAAUAUAGAAAUUGACAGACAAAUAUAUAAAGCAAUGUACUUAAUUUUAAUCAAAAACAAGGAUAGUUCGUGGGAGUCGCUGCUUAUACAGCAUGUGGCGUUGAUCGGCAAGCUGCUUGCUCUUUUCCACUGCGCAAGCCACCUCUCGGCGUACAGUUGCAGGGGCUAUACCGGAUAGAGUGGAAAGAUAAGGCAGAGGCGUGCCGAUGAUACUGCGGCAUGUGGCGUUGAGUGCGACAUCUAUCUAUUUGGCGUGAGCUGAGCGCAACCAUACUGGGCAUGCGUAUUCGCCAGCAGAAUAGCUAAACCACUCGUCCUGAGGAUAUGGGGAGUUGCACCCCAGCGUCAGGCACGACGAAGGAUCUCGUCCCUUUGAACUCGGGUAAUCAGGCGAGAACACAAUUGGUGCGCCUCGGCGACGAAGCUCGUCGGCCACAUGGCAUCCGCGCGGUGCAGUGCGGCGUGACGCGGCGCGGCGUGGGCCGGCGCGGCAUGGCGUGGCGCGGCGCGCUGUCUGUCGUCGCCACGCUGUUGGCCGCCACGCCCGUCCGCUCCGCGCCGCCGGCGCUGCUGGUAUUGCGCACCGCAUGCGACGCCGGCGACCCCGCGCUCUUCCAGGAGCAGCGGCUGCGGCGCUAUGUGGCCGACACUCGCCACGAUUCAACUUCACAGCAUUUGGCGAUUCGCAUACUUGGCUAUAAUGAAACGUGUGGCCCGGACUGGAAAAUGGAGGUGACGCGCAAUGCUCUGCUCGCAAUCAGCAGUGGUGGAGCCGUAUCGUUCACCGGAUGGGCGGGCGCAGGCGCGUGCGAGGCACUCUCAGCGGCGACGCGAGCGUUGCGGCGUCCGCUUCCCUCAGCGUGUGCGGCGGCCGCGGCACGCGGUGCCGGCGUCGGUGAGCUAGCGCAGCGGCUGCGCUGGCGGCGAGCGCUGCUGCCGCCAGCCGGGCCACACUCGGAGUGCACCUCCGCACUCCGUCACGUGGAGCGCGCCCUGGUCACUCGAGGCGUAAAUGUACGUCGAGCAUCACUCAAUGACCAAGAAAUCGCCCGUCACCCACACGUUGUGAUCCUGUGUGCCUCUGUGGAGUCAGUGGGCUUGAGCAGUGCGGCCCUGGAGGCGCUGCGUGAGCCAGCCGCACCCCGCGUGCUGUUGCUGCACGUGGAGCGUGAUUCACCUCGUGCUGCCGCUGAUGACAUCGACUUCUCCAAUGACGCUUUCCUAAUGAGCAAUAUCACUUUAGAUUUAAGAAAUUCGCCUUAUGAUAAGAAUAAUUCGUCGUCCUCCUCGGUCACGUCCUCGGAAAACGCAAAUGUGCCGUCAUAUUAUCCGGGAUCGAAUAUAAAAAGUUUGCCAUCGUCUCGUGACGCGGAGGUAAACAACGAGACUUCUCACUAUAAGAGAAAUCGUUACGGUCCGACCGCGCCGCCUCACACCCUGCCAUUGGGUUUCGUAAACACGAUAAAAACAGACAUGAUAGAGGAACUAUUACAAAAUAAUACAGUUCCAAAAUACAUCAAGGAAGCCGCGAAACAAACAUUCGAAAAAAACAAGUCCAAGGACGAAUCACAAUUUAUUACCAGUAAAGAUCGAGUGCGGCAGGACGCUAUCGAGCUCAAGUACUUCCAAUUUGUUUCCCAACUCGCCGACGCGACUCAGCGACGUCUGCUAUUAUUCACGCACAAAAAACUCGAAGACGUCAAUGAGCCGUUAGUGGCCGAUUCUGUAUAUGAAGAUGUAUUAGAUGCUUUUUAUCAGGAUACAGAAUCCCAUGGAACGCGAAAUAAAACCAGUAGGAUUGUAUUCUACUUAUAUGAAACUGCCGAUUUUUUAGCAUUACCUAAAUGGAGACGAAUCGCAGCCAUUGUUGCCACAUCGAAGAAAUCUUUAGACGAUUCAGUCGAAUGGAACACUGACAUCGAACUGAACUCUACGGCGGAGUUGGAGCGAUGGAGCGAACUGUUCGAGAAUGAGUACGAGCAGAUGUCGAUCGGAAUUACGGUGCCGACGCUGGUGGCAUGCGUAGCGAGCGCGCUGGUGGCGGCCGCGCUGCUGGCGGUAGGCGCCCGAUGCGCGGCGGCGCGUCGGCGGCGGCGGCGGAGGCGCGGCGACGCCGUGCUGGCGCCGCACGAUUUCACGUUCCCAGCGGACGAGCGACGACGCGUAGGCGAGGGCAUGGAGACCAUGCUAUCGUGCUGGCUGCAGCAGCUGCAUGAAUUCGGCGGCCCCGAGCUGGAGCGCCCCGACUUGCUCAAGCAGCCCCCGCUCUCCACGGCGCACGCCCCUUCCGCACCCUCUUCCACCUGCAGCAUCAAUCGUGUUGCCGUUGACCGUCGCACAAGAUACAAGGGUGAUGCAGUACAUAUGAAGUACCUUCCGUUGGCGUCUUUGGAACUAAAGCGCAAAGCUACUGACGUAUUGCUUGUCAUGCAAAAUUUACGACAUGAAAACCUUAAUCCAUUUAUAGGCUGUCUAUGCGAGGUGCGUCCGGCCCUGGUGUUCGACUACUGCGGGCGUGGCUCCCUGGAAGACGUCCUGAUGGCGGACGACAUCAAACUGGACUGGACUUUCCGUCUGUCGCUCCUGACAGACCUGGUGAAAGGCAUGCGGUACCUGCACGCGUCGCCGCUGCGCGUGCACGGUCGCCUGACCUCGCGGAACUGCGUGGUGGACUCGCGCUGGGUGCUUCGCGUCACUGACCACGGCGUCUCCACUUUCUACCGCACGCAGGCGCUGCCUGAGCCAGAGAGAUCACCUAGAGACAUGCUGUGGACGGCUCCCGAGAUUCUCCGCGAGACUCAGAGCGGCGGUGGAGGGCGGGGCAGCCAGCCUGGAGAUGUUUUCUCUUUCGCUAUCAUUAUGCAGGAAGUGAUAGUGCGUGGCGAACCGUACUGUAUGUUGUCUCUGACACCCGGCGAGCUGCUAGAGAAGCUGAGUCGACCUCCUCCUCUCAUCCGGCCGUCGGUGUCGAUGGGGGCCGCGCCGCCCGAGGCCGUCAGCGUCAUGCGCCAGUGCUGGAGCGAGGCGCCCGACCUCAGACCCGACUUCACAAGGCUACACGACAUCUUCAGACAUCUUCAUCGCGGCCGAAAGAUCAACAUCGUGGACUCUAUGUUCGAGAUGCUGGAGAAGUAUAGCAACAAUCUGGAGGAGCUGAUUCGCGAGCGCACCGAGCAGCUCGACAUGGAGAAGAAGAAGACAGAGCAACUACUUAACCGCAUGCUGCCUAGGUCGGUGGCGGAGCGGCUGAUGCUGGGGUCGCGCGUGGAGCCCGAGGAAUUCUCGGAAGUGUCGAUCUACUUCAGCGACAUCGUGGGCUUCACGGCGCUAGCGGCACGCUCCACGCCCGUGCAGGUCGUCGACCUGCUCAAUGACCUCUACACCACCUUCGAUGCUGCCAUCGAACAGUACAGCGUCUACAAGGUAGAAACAAUCGGAGACGCGUACAUGGUGGUGGGAGGUCUGCCGGUGCGCGCGGCCGACCACGCGGAGUCCAUCGCCACCAUGGCGCUACAUCUGCUGCACCUAGCGGGCCGCUUCCGAGUGCGGCACCUGCCCGGCGUGCCGCUGCGGCUGCGCAUCGGACUACACACUGGCGCUUGCUGCGCCGGAGUCGUCGGCCUCACCAUGCCCAGAUACUGCCUCUUUGGAGAUACUGUCAAUACUGCCUCGCGCAUGGAGUCAACUGGUGCAGCGUGGCGCAUCCAGGUGUCUGCAGCGACGGCGGAGCGGCUGACGGCGGCGGGCGGCUACCGGCUGCGCUCGCGCGGCCUCACGCAGAUCAAGGGCAAGGGCGCCAUGCACACCUACUGGCUGCUCGGCAAAGAGGGCUUCGAUAAACCGCUCCCCACUCCACCCCCACUCGAGUACGUACGAUCUGAGGAGGUAUUGUUUGAGACUGACGGCGAGAACGAUAGCUCGACGUCGUCGGCGCCGGCAGCCUCCCCCGCCCGCGCCCCCGCCGUCGAGCGGCAGAGCUCGGACCCACCUGCGCCCCUCAAUGAUAAAUAUGGUUGGCAACGGUCCGGCGCAAUGUCCGCCGACUGCAGCCCGCCGCCGCGCGCCGCGUCCGCUGUCUGCGUCGCCGACCACAGCGCCCCCUACUCGCGGUACAGAUGCCUGUCGAACGGAACGAGCGUGAAUCGCAACACGCGGCCGCUGCGGCGGCAGUGGUCGCUGGAGCGCGGGGACGCGCUGGCGGCGGCGCGCGCCGAGCCCGCGCCCGCGCCGCUCGCCGAGCCGCUCGCGCUGCUGCCGCCGCUCGCCGCGCGCCCUGCGCCCCCACGCUACCGCACGCGUCUGGACGACCGCGGCCCGCCGCCAUCCCAGACCUCUCUCUAUCCUACUUGAUAGUAUUCGAAUUAUUACGAUUUUCAAUCUGUCGAUUUACUGAUAAGUACUGUCGAAGCUCGUAGACCCAGGUCUCCCCCAGUCCCCGAUCGACAAUAAUUUUUGUAGCCCUGUCGGACCCCGUGUCCUAUCUUCAUUUUGAUAUCUUAGAUUGUUCACUGGUAGACUUUCCUAUUGUUGUGAUGAAAUAAAGAGAAGUAGUAAGUGUAAAUAUUUUAAUAUGAGAGCACCGAUGAUUGAACAUGUGAUUAAUCUUGGUGAUUUGAGUAUUUUUGAAUAUUUUCAUUACAAAUAAAAAAUAUCUUUUAUCAUAAAAUAUUUUUCAUUUUAAUUAUAUGUAGGUACCCAUAAAUAAGAAAAAGCUAUUUGUUCGGUGUAACCGAACACCUAUGACGUCGGCCGAUCGGUCGACGCUCAAUUACUCAAUUUUACUUACUUUUAGUGCACAUUUGCAACUCCACGGAGCGGGUGAAUUCUUUAACAUUAUUAUAAUU